ACAGGUUAAUAUUGUAUCAAUACUAUUAUAAUAAAGUGACUACGUGAGUAGCGUAGCGUUACGUUUCUGAAUUUGUCAUUAUUAAUUGCAAUUUACAACGAAACCAUGGUUAACUGACGUGAAAUUAGCCUUGACACACUAGUCACUGCUAGCCAACUCCAAACUUGUUCUCAAGCCUAAUACUGUCUUAACAAAAAAAAAAAAAAAAAACAUAAACGUGCGAUUUUACGUACAAGGCUAUCCCCAUAUAUCGAGAAGGCGCAGCGAACCCCACAGGGUCUGUUUUCCGAUAAUUUCCACUCAGAGACACCUGUUCCUCCAUUGAUUUAUCGCUCGAUUGUUGCCAUUAGCAAAGCAAUAUGGCGGCGCCGUUUACAUGCGUUUUGGAGUUCAAUGCGGCAUCUACGGAUGAAGACUACAUAAGGUUGCAUUUACUGAUGUUUAUUGGUUAGUUUAUGUCUUGUAAUUAUAGACAAAGGCAGUUUGUGACCUCUAGGCUUAUGGAACUCGACUCCAUGCCCAAAACCAGGAGAUGAAACACAUAAUGCAGCAACUCCUGAGGGAAAACUUGGAGCGGAUGCAGUACACCGGCUCCAGGACCUGUUUCCCAGCAUGUUGUCAUCAUCAGCUGCUUCACCCACAUCUCCAUCCUCAUCUUGUGCCUGUGACACUGCCAGACCACAAUCCCACAAUGCUCUGCGGCUCUCUGCAGCCGCACAGAGCCGGAGUAGUGUCUGAUCAGCAUGAGCUGUUGCCCCCUAUCACCCCUGCACACGCCCAGCAGCAGCAGUCUUCUGGCUCAUUCCCCUCCUUGCCUGCGCUUGCCCAGGGCCAGGCCCCGGUCCAGCUGUUGCUAGGUGACAGACGGCUCUCUGCAAUUCCGCAAGGAGGUGCUCCGCAUUCCCUAAGCAGGAAGAAUUUGACAGGCCUUGAUCACGCUCACCCACUGAUGCCACUCCAUCACAAUAGAGCCCCGAGUGGCGUUGCCAAUGGCAGCAUGGCACCUACUCCACCUGUCAUCACCAAGGCAACGGGCAAAAGUCAUAACAACGAGCCGAAGAAGAUCAAGACCAGGUGCUGUAUUAAAACUGUUCAAGAUGUUGGCCUGAAAACCAGCAGUCAACAGGACAACAUAAACAGUGGCCAAAACCAUGACAACGGUUGUCAACCCCAGUCAAAGCAGGAGCAGGAUAUGGGGUGUGUGCUGGAACCCCUAAACAUCUACCAGAUCCCUGAGAACCUCUGGAGGCCCUGCAUGUUGCUGAGGAGAUCAGACUCACCAGUCUCCGCUGUAACAGUGUCCUCAGUGGCAAUGCCAGUGCUUCAGACCGCGUAGGCAGUUCUACGAGCAGCCUCAGCCCUGUGGACCUGAGGACCCCGUCCGCACUGCACGCUCUGCCCUUCCUCAACACCCCCACUCCACCCAUUGCCUCUGCUGUCCCUGUCCCUCCAGAGACAGCCAAACACCAGGCAACCAAUCAGAGACGGUUCGUCAGUAGACUGCCACGCCUCAAGAAGACAGCUUCACUUAGUGUGGCCACUGCUGUGACAGGUGAGCAGUGAGAGCUGUGGAGUGUCUGGCAGGGAAGGAGGAAGUGAGGGAGUGUAAGGAGGUGAAGAAGAGAGUGAUAGUGGAGAAGCAAACAAGCAACACCCAGCAGAUCAGGGAGCUCCCUGAGCUGGCCAAACUGCCCCGUGUCCUGGC